UUUAUCUGUUGCCCUUGCUCAGAAGUCCUGACCGGCUACAUUGUUCCUAGAGUGAGUCCCAGCUGUUGCCAGGCAACUGACAACAAUUUGUAAAUAAACACCCUGGACCGCUUCCCUGGAAGACUGACCAAAGAAAACUGAGGUAUCAUUUCAUUUGGUAGAUAUUGUGUUUCUCUUAAGAAAUCUAUGCAACGUGUCCUACAGUAAAAACUGUUGGUAGACAUGAGCUCGAACAAGCUUUCUGCUGUGCUAGAGGAGCAGAUUCACCGCCUGUGUCUAAAUGACUUUCCAUGUGGACAUGGCACCUGGAGAAAGACCAAAGACAGUACAGAGGGAGCAACGACAGAGGAGACAGACGCCCUCCUGGAUCUUCUAAGCUGCCCUCACUCUCCAUGGAGGCAAGAUGAAUCAUGGAGCCCUCAAGCUCCGGCCCUGAGACAGCUGGCAGUACUCACACCUGAACGCCUGCACACGGACUUCAUUUACAAGUACUUUAUUACAUUUCGCAUCGUGGACAAGAAUGUAACAGUCAUCGAUGAUGGCCUGUUAAAGUUCUCAAAGCUGGAGGAGUUGGUGCUGAGUGCCAACAAAAUCUCAGACAUCCCUGCGCAAAACCUUCCCAGCACUUUAAAGAUUUUGGAGCUACGUGCAAACCAGCUGUCUGCCCUGAACAGUCUCGACAAUGGCUUGCCUCCUCGCCUGCAGUACCUCGGCCUCGGGUCAAACAGUCUCGGUUCCUGUGACGAUGUCUGUUAUCUUACAGGAAGACACUGGCCACAGCUGGUGUGUCUGGACCUAAGUGACUGUGAGUUUCAGGACCAGCAGUCCCUGCUGAAGGCCUUGAGCACGCUCCCCUGCCUCAGGACGCUGGUUCUGGAGGGAAACCCCUUCACUCUUGCUCCCUGCUACCCGGGUUUCACUGUGGACAGUCUCCCACAGCUGUCUUGUCUGGACGCCUCGUGGAUCUCCCCUGAGGAAAGACAUUGUUUUAGGGGCUUGGCCAAGAAGAGUGAUCUGAUAGUGGACCAGGCAUCAGCCACAGUGAGAGUGGGCAGGAUGAUGGGAAUCCCCGACCCAUCGACGAGUGUGGAUGAAAACGCUCCUGACUUCCCUGUUAUCACCUACAGUUAUUUCUGCACAUACGAGUUCCUUAGUCAUCAAACGGUUAACCGGGUGAAGAAUCCUUCCUACACUUUUCCCUCUCUUUACAUGUCUAAACUUGACGGUGUGUGUCAAUUUGACGCUGCACACGUAACAGAAGACUGCUUCAGUGAUGCUGACCUACAUUCAAACAAAAAUUGUGAAAAGGAAUCGCCCAGACCAGACUCACAACACUUGGUGUUCACUGAGGAAACCCGCCAUGAUUUAGCAGAAGUGUCAAGACACAGCACAUCAAAGCUGCCAUGGUCAGAGUGCAUGGCCGUCAGUGACUCACAAACGUUCAUUGUUAGUGAUCUGGGAGGCUUAAAGAGAUUCUUCAAUCGAGGACUUUAUCUUACGAUAAAGGAGGAAAAGGUCCUGUCAUGGCCUGCAUCCUCUGAAGACAUCCCAGUGGCCAAACCCAGCCUAACUGUAAAAGAGAAGAAAGGCGGGAAAGAGAAAGAAUCUCCAAUCAAAUCUGGUUCCACCAAAGACAAGUCAAAAGACAAAAAGAAGAAAUCUGUACCAGAGCUGGUCCAGGAUGCUCCCAUCAGAAGAGUCCUUGGCUCUGUCCACGUCCCCCUGCAAAGUCUGGUCAAAAGAAGUCAAAAGGUUGAGGUCCUCUGUGAACUUGCUGCUCUACACACCGAGUCUGAGAUGGAAGCUAGACAAACCCCUGAAAAGGCUCUGGGAAAGAAAACUAAAGAGGACAAGGAAUCCAAACAGAGAGGAGGCAGCAGUACUAAACAGAAGAAUACAGCAGCUUCAAAAGGUAAAGGAAAGGAAAGAAAAGAAUGUGAGGAGAUGCAUGUCCACACAGACAACUCUGAAACCGUCCACCUGGGACUGGUGACUGUGGAGUUGAGUGUGGAGCUGGAGAAAUGGCUGUCUGCAUCUGAAGCUCAUCAACUUCUGCUCCCACACCCAAACUCCUAAAGCAAACAGCCUUGUUUUGUCUUAAAGCAACAUUAGCAGCUACACAAGGUUUGCAUACUUAUUUUCAGUUUGCGCUACUGUACACCAUGGAACCAUUUAUCUCCAAACCGGUCCUGGCCAGGCUAGUUCAACUCAAGAUGAUGCAAUUAUAAGGAGCGCAUUGCAACAAGCUGAACAGUAGAAGUGCAGUCUAAAACAUGCUGUCAAACCUUCCUUUAAUAGCGACUUUAAUGACUGUGCAGUGCACCCAGACAUAAACAUAGUGGGAAAAGUGCUUUCAAUCGAACAAUCAAUACAGAGAGGUUUCAUUUUAAAUGUAUACAUAAAUUUAAUUUUUUAUACAGAUAUAUAUAUAAAACAUUUUCAAAGAAAUGCCUAUGUAUUUCAUAGUUUCAUAAAGAAAGUAUUUUAAUUUCAAAGAAAUCUUUUGAAAAGGCCAUUUCACUGAACUGAGGGGUUACAGUAGGUGUGAAGCGCUUUAAGUUUCACCGCUUCUUUUAUUAAACAAUCACCCGUCAGUUCAUUUAUGAAGACCAUAAAAAAAAGUUCCUAACGCCAAACAGCCCUGGCUUUCACUGCUCUACUCCAGGCGAGAGUGAGAAAAUCUUUCCCCUGCGAUUACUCUUCACAAAAUUACACACAUACCAUCAAACCUUUAAAGUACAUACUGUAGUAUUUCCAAGCAUAAAAAAAUAAACUAUAGCUCAC